UAUCACGAGGUGGUUGGAUGAUGAUGAUGAUUGGCGUUAUUUCCGAUGGCAUUUGAGUGAGGUCAAAAAGCAGAGUACAGCAGCAAGAAGCGAGAAAUUAUGCAUACUGGUCUUUUCUGAAAUCUCAUGUCUACGUUUCUACUAUUUCGGUUGAUGGGUAUUAUGUCUGUUCUUUGCGUUUUGUGCAUCAAGUGUACCUCGAUGACGGUUUGCAUUAGUUCGAACUUGGUUUAUUCAAGUCAUGGGAAACUAGAAUGUCUUCCCGUGUUAUUAUGCCUGUUGGCAUUCAGUAGCUGGCUACCAAUCCUUCUAUUAUAUCUAUCUCAUUGCCCACAUACCUGCACACGCGUGAUCCUAAAAUAUUGUGUGAUCCCCAUAGUGAACAUGGGGGCACCUUAACUCCGGCAACUGAUUGCUAUGUACCCAGAUGUAUCCAAGGAACCGGGAAGGGUGAUUUGCGCAUGUCGGAGGGUUUCGGUUUGUGUCGUUCAAACUCGC